AUGCAAAAGAGUGAACGAAUUCAAAAUAUUAGUAAAGAAUUUCGAGAUUUAUUUCAAUAUCUUGAAAAGAAUGCAAAACAAUCAGUAUCUAAUCUGUUCGAUGCAUGGGCUAUUUCUGAUACUGUCAUAAUCGAAGAUAUUUAUAAUAUAACACCAUCCUGGGUCACUCCAGAUAUUCUUCGUCAACUUAAAUAUAUAUCCGAUAUAUCAGCUUAUCAUCUUAUGUUUAUGCCUGAAAUCAAUCGUCUACGUGGUGGUCCAUUAUUACGUGAUAUAUUAGAGAAUACUGAAAACUUGAUAUUAAAUAAAACAAAAGGACCAAAAGCUAGAAUUUAUUCAGGACAUGAAACAACGAUGGCAGCUAUUCUCUCAUUUUUGGGCAUAAAUUAUCCUCAUCAACCUCCUCUUGCUAGUGCACUCUUUUUUGAUCUUUACCGACAAGAUAAUCAUUCAUAUGGUAUUCAAUUGGAAUAUCUCAAUAUGACGAACGGUCGAACAGCAUAUCCAAUUCAAUUACCUGGUAAUCAAUAA